AUGACGUCCCAGACUGAGCACAUGCAGAUCAUCCUUGCCACUUCAUCCUACUGUUUCGCUUCAGUUGGGAUGCUGCUGUUCAACAAGCUGGCCAUUCAGGACUUCCCAUUGGAGUGCUGUUUGGUGUGGGUUCAGCUCUUCUUCUCCGCCUUCUGCUUGGGCGUCUUUGGCUUUCCAUACAUCCAUGUUGGCUCGGUGCGCGACUUGCUUCGUUGGUGUAUGGUGGUGCCCUUCUACUGCGGCAUGCUCCUCACAUCCAUUCUGGCUCUCAAAACGGCCCCAAUGACGCUGGUGAUUGUGUUGCGCAACACGUCUCCCUUGAUGACCCUGGUCUUUGAGCGGUUUUACCCAGAACCCUUGCAGAUCAGCAAGUACAUGCUUGGGUCCAUUUGUUUGAUGAUUGUGGGUGCUAUGAUGUAUGUGUGGCAGCUGCCUCUCGACAGUUGGCAAGGCAUUGGCUGGGUGCUGUUGAACAGUGCCAUUGCAGUGGUGGAUCGUUUGCUGCAACGCUUGUUGCUGUCAAAGGAACAAUGUCCCGUGGAUAUUUCGAAGGCUGGCAUCACCUUGAUCAACAACUUGGUUGGUUUGCUUCCGGUCGGCUUGGCCAUUUAUGCCAGUGGAGAAGUCUCUGCAUUGCCACUCGCCCUUUCAAAGUUGACGCGCUGGGACCAGUUUUUCAUCGGCAUGAGCUGUGUGAUUGGUUUGGCCAUCAGCUACACCAGCAUUUGGGCUCAGAGCCUCAUCAGUGCAACAAGCUUCUUGGUGAUGACCAAUGCCAACAAGUUUGUAAUCAUCGGCAUUGAGGCCUUCGGCAUGCACUCCAAGAUGCUGACUCCGCUGCAGAUCUUAGGACUGGACGCUCGGACUUACACUCCCCAGGACGUGCGCUCGCACCUCUUGGAGCUCACCAAGGCCAGGGGCAUCCACGUUCAUUCAGGUGAGAGCCCGCUCUCGAUCGAGGCGCGACAGUUUCGUGCAUCCACCGGGUUCGGCGCUGCGACUGGCGACUUCGAGGUUCCGAUGGUCGGUGAAGAGUCCUUUUGUGAUCUGGUCUUUUUCUUCACGCGUUUGAUCAGAAGCAAGGAGAGCAAGGAGAACAAGGAGCAGGGCCACAUGCCCAAGCUCAGGGCAGUGGCAGUGCCAUGCCAUUUGCACGAGGGAGGCUACUAUAGCGACGAUGCCAAGAAGACCAAUGCCCUGGAUCUUCUCAAGGAACUCCGUGGGACGGCGUCGUUGCACAGCUCAAUGCUUAAAGAGCUGCGACAGCUUUACAAGCAAUUGCGGGUGGAGCUGAAGGAUGACAUCUAUGAGCUCGUGGAGCAGGUGAAGGCGGAGCAAGUGUCCAGAAGCACUCCAGGCCUCGACCAACCCCGCGGGACAUCAGGCUACUCCGGACGUGGUGUGACUUCGGCCGAUGACCUGCGAGCAGCAGGCGUGGCAGAGAGAUUUGGAGGCCGCCUCGACAGCAAGGAGGAGACCGAAGCCACGUCCUUCGCACACCCACAUGUGCCGGACGAACGCGUGACCUUCGAAGACGUGGAAGAUGUGGAGGAUGAGAGUGGUGACGGAAAGCGGACAGCCUGGGAGGAGUCCAGACCCAACAUCCGCGCCAGCGUGGCCAGCUGCGCGAGCUUCUCUGCGAGGGCCCGUCUCAAGAGAACGACCACGACACACAGCCUGGACCACGUCAAGGAGGACUGGGCCAGGGAGUUUGGCCAAGGAGAGCGAACCCCAGCGGUGCCUCUGGGCAAGAGUCGCUACCCGUCUUCGGUGGACCUCAUCAAGGCAAGCCUGGACGUGGACGAAGAUGCCGGUUGGGUCGAGAGGAUGGUGACCCAAGACUACUUUGACUAUGUGAUGGGAUUCAUCUUAGCAUUGAAUGCCAUCAUCGUAGGCGUCCAAGUGGAUUUGGUCUCUAGAGAAGCUCGCGAUCCUGCCUGGUCCAGGGUCAUCGAUUUGACCUUCUGCUCCAUCUUUGUGAUCGAGCUACUGCUGCGUACAAAGGCAUAUGGUAAGAAGUUCUUCAGUAUGGACGGUUGGCAGUGGAACGUCUUUGACCUCUUCGUGGUGGUCUUCAGCGUUGCAGAUGAGGCCACGAAGCUGGUCUUGAGCGAUUCCGAGGUUCAGGAGGUCUUUGAAAGCUUUGGCAUGCUGCGGCUGCUGAGGCUGGGCCGUAUCGUGCGCUUGGUGCGGAUGGUACGCUUGAUCCCAGCGCUGAAGUCCAUGGUCUAUCUCAUCCUAGCGUCUUUGAAGAGCUUCCUGUGGACGGUGGUUCUCCUGAUCAUCCUCAUGUACUGCGUGGCAGUCUAUUUCACUGAGUUGGCCUAUGAUCUUCGGAACAAGCAUCCUCAGAAGGACUUCAGCAGCUUAGGUAGCACCUGGGGAUCCAUUGGCAAUUCCAUCUUGUCCCUUUUCCAAGCCAUCACUGGUGGCAAUGACUGGCACAAUUUCAUCUCCGUGUUCGACGACUAUGUGGGGAGCAGCACAUCAACGAACACUUUGGUCUUCUCUAUUUUCAUCGCCUUCGCUACUCUAGUGAUGAUGAACUUAGUCACCGGUGUCUUCGUGGAUGGCGCGCAGCGCAUUGCGCGGGAGGAGAAGAAUCAGGACCUGUUGAAGCAUGUGCGCAGGCUUUUAGCUCCUGAGCGCAUCAAAACGCCACGAGCCUCCAUCUUCAUACACGGAGAGUUUUCCUUUGACGAUGGCGACCGACUCAUCACGUGGCAGGAAUUCUGCAAGAAGCUGGAAUCUGAAGAGAUGAAGGCUUACCUCACCGCCUUUGAGCUAGACGACAGCCAGGCGAAGGACAUUUUCUACAUCCUUGACCAAGAGCGAGUGGGAAAAGUGACGAUGCGAGAGUUCUUCUCAGCUUGUGUGAACCUCCAUGCGACACCCAGGCUGGCCGACACGGCCAUUUUACGCCACUUGAUUCAGCGGACCUUUGCAGACCUCUUGGAGAGGAUCAACAAGUUGGAUGUGCGACUUGGAGGAACAGAAGCUUGGGUCGAGCCACAACAGCCAAGCUUCGUCAAAGACACCAGGAGACGCGGAGAAGACGGACUCCCGAUCUCCACCUUUCAUGAUAACGUGGUUUCGAUGCCAACACCCGGGAAGAGACCCACAUGGGUUCUGCCCGAUCCAGAGGAUGACUGA